AUGGCAGCUCCCCAGCACCUCCAGGCGCGCGUCGCCACCCUGCACUUGCAGCAGAGGGUACAGACCUUGACCGUACUCGAGAGCGAGCUGGCGUCUCUCAAGCCUGGCGCACGCAUCUUCCACACGGCAACCGCCUCAGCCGACCAACUGAGCAUCGCGCACUCCCAUGGUCAGCUGGCGCUCUUCCCCGGCCUGAGCAAGGAAGGCGCGCUCAACGACGUGAAGCGUCAGAAGCAGCUCGCCAAUGCAGACCUCAACCAGGCGCUCGAGCAGAUCAACGCGGACCGGGCAAUCGCAAAGUGA